GAAGGAAUUCAUACUUAUUGAAAUCCAUGGAGUUGCUCUGUAAAAUUUCAUUCACAUUGUUCAUAGUGUGGUUUUGGAUUAUUGAAUAAAGCAUUUGUGUUGAGACGACCAUUGAUGGAAAAGACGACUGUUCAACAAGCAACUGGUUCCGUUGUAGUUGCAGCCAUACAGUUUUCAUGUUCGAAUAAUACGAAAGAGAACAUUGCGAAAGCCAAGCGUUUCAUCCGAGAAGCUGCAAGUGCUGGUGCUAACAUUAUAUUAUUACAAGAACUUUUUUCAACGCUAUACUUUUGUGAAGAACCUUGUGAAGUAUGUACAAAUGCGUUGUCAAGUUGUUGUGUUGAACUUUUACAGGAAUAUUUUUCGUUGGCAGUUUCUCUCAACCAAGUAGACGAUUCUUUUCUUUCUGAGUUUCAGUCACUAGCUAAAGAGUUGAGAGUAGUACUUCCUGUUAGUUUUUUUGAACGCUGCAAGUGAGUUUGGUCUCAUAGUUUUUAUU